AUUUUUCAAUAAUCUUUUGAACUAAUAUAGGUUAGAAUCCUGAAUAAUAUUUUUAUUUAAUCUUAUCGAAUAAAUAUUCAUUUUUAGGAUUAGUCAUAUUCUAAAAAGAGUUUCUUAAAGUUUGAAAUAAAAUUAAAGUAAAAUUAAAGUGUGUGCUCUUAUUAAAUCAUGGAAAAAGUCCCUGAUGAUAACUAUGACAUGACCACUAGUAUUUUGAAGGAUACUGAUGAUAUGAAUGAUGAACUAUUUGGAGCACUAAAGCGAGGAAACCGAGGUUCAAAAAAGACAUCCGCUUUUUCUACUGAAGAUGGAGGGAAGAAGAAGGUUGGAUAUGGUGAAUUUGAUGACUCUGAUCCUUUGGGAGAUAUUUCACUGUCUGAUGACGAUGAUUUCUAUGGAGUCGGGGACAUACGGCAAUCAAAUAAGAUCAAUCCGAAUAGCUCUAUUUUAACAGCCAGCGUAAAUGAGAGGCCAGAAAAAUCAACAAAAUCCGUUAUUAAUAAUCUCGACAAGCCGUCAAAAUCCAAACUGAUAGCUGAUUUAUUCGGCUUGGAUGAGACAGAAACCACAACAGAACAGCCAGCUGCUGAUAAGAGAAAGUCGGAUUGGCUGGGAAUAAAGGAGAGUCCAAAAAAGUCAGUUACAAUCAAUGAGGGAGCAGACAAAUCAAAAUCACAAACCUUCAGUAGUAGUACUACUGAUUCGAAAAUAAGAAAGAAGUCGCUAGAAUUUGAAGUACCAACUGAAACUGAUAAGCCGAAAGUCAGUUUGGAGAAAGAAGGGUCAUCUGUUACUAAGAUAUUUUCGAGAGACGAUGACAUUUCCAAUUUGUUGGCUGAAAAUAAGGAGGUAAGCCAUGACAAGGUUCUGGCAAGAAGAUCAAGUUUGAAGAAAAAGGAGAUAACUGAUGAAUUGUUUGGCAAAGCGAGUAGUUCGAGAAUCACAGAUGUCAAAUCAUCCACGACAGUUGUGGCUGGAAGUGAUGCAAAACAAGACUUUCUCGAGAACACAGCAGAAAAGAAAGGAGAAGGUAGCGUUGGUGCGAGUCAAUAUCUGCCGUCGUCUGGCUCUGGAAGAAGGACCGGCUUCGGACGCAGAAGAGAAGGCUUGUCAUCAGUACAGCCCGGCUCAUCCACUGAAAUCCUCCCUGCCAGAAAGGAUGAUGCUGAGAAAAAUUGGCUGUUCGGAGUCAAUGACGAUUCAGAAAAGAAAAGUGUUCAGAGCGCCCCUUUGCCAUCCUGGCUUGGAGGCGAAAACAAAGCUCACAAUGAGCCUCUUCCUAAAUCACCGGAAAAGAAACCACAAGAGAAAGACAUGAACCAGGAAAAGGAAAAAAAGCCUGAGAUAGAAGUUCCCAAAGCCAAGUCAGCUCCAAUCAUAAAAGAAAUGAAACAAGAUGAUGAACUAGCUACUACGAAAUCAAACGAAGAGGGUUCGCAGCUGAAAGAUUUGCUGUCGUCCAGUUCAGUUGUGGAUAAGAACAACGCAGCCAUUCUGCAGCAGACAGAGAGCGGUUUAUUGGCUGUUGUUCAAAUGAAACAGCAGAAAGAUCUGAUGACUGAGUUGGUGAACAGGCAGGCGAAUAUACUCAGAGUGCAGGAGCAGCAGAUGAAUCAGCUGAUGGAGCAGCAGGCCCGUCGUCAGCAGUUGGUCGAAGUCAAUAUGAAGAAACAGCAGGAGAGGAUCAACGUUCUCUUACAGGCCCUGCUAACAGAAUCAGGGAAAGAUGCUGUUCCAAAUGUACAACACGAUGAGGGUAUCAGCUUUUCAUUGUCUCUCCCAGUUCUAAAUUCUCAAAAUAGAAACGAGAGCUCUGAUGAAGAUGACAACCCAGCAGAGAAUGGAAUUCAGGAAGAUACAAAUGAAAAACCGAACACUAACAUGAGAUCUAGAAGAAAACUGAAGAACACCGUAUCUAAAUUAGAGAUCGAAAUACAUAAGCUGGAGAUGGAAAAGGCUACAUUUGAGCAACGCCUAGAAAUCCAAGAAUCCAGACACAAUGAUGAAAUCAAGAUAAUGGAAAAGUUUCAUAGGCAUGAAAUAUCUUCAUGGGAGGAGAGAGAAGAACAACUAAAACAACGUCUCGCUGAUCUUAAGGCUGAUUAUGAUGAAAGGAUCACCCAACUACAUGACCAACAAGAGAAGUUGAUUCAACAGCACAAUAUCAGAAUAGAGAAUUUGCAACAAGAAAAAAUGGAAGAUCUGAAGCAAUUGGGUGAAUUCCAUCGUCUGGCUAUGGACCAAGUUGCCAGCAUCAGUAAACUUUUGCUCGAUGAUUCUAGGUUGAUAGAGAAGAAAAAAGCAUUCGAAGAAAAGAAGCCAUUGGAUACGACUGAGUUAUCUGCUAGAGAAGCUGCUUUGAUCAACAAAGAAAAUGAAAUUACAGCGAUAAAAGACAGCCUCGAAAAGCAAAGAUUGAAUUUGAUUGCUGAGAAAGAUAAAAUGGAAGAGAAACUGGAACAAGAGAAGAGAGCAUUGGAGGAGAGUAACCGGCAACUGAGGAAACAGCAGUCAGCUCUCAAGUAUAGAGAAGAGGAAUUUCAGAGAGAGCAAGAAAGGGAGAAAGAUUUCAUCAAGUCAUUGAGAAAACAACUAGAGGAAUUGAAGGAGAAUGCUCUGAGAGAGCAAAAAAUAGCGAUGGAAGAGAGAUUACAAAUUACAGCCAAUCAGGCUCGAUUGGACACUUUGGCAAAAUUACAAGGACAAGAACCUUCAGCCAUCAGUUGCAUCGAUAUUAUCCAGGCCAAAGGAGAGAUGGAGGGAGCUUUGGCGGCAGCAAAGGAAGUCAGGUGCAAAGUUGAAGAAGACAAACAAAAACUGCAUCAACAGCAAAUUAACUUGGAAGCUGAGAAGUGGAGAUUGCAAGAGUUGGAAACCGAAUUGACCAACAAACAGCAGCACAUUGAACAUCUCAUAAAACUAUCGGAAACACAAAGAAAGGAAGGAGUUAUGGCUUUGGAAGAGGCAAAACAGAAAGAGAGAAGAGCCGAGGAGCGUUUACAGGAAGCUGAACAGCGAUUGCAGGAAGUAGCGCUACGAGAGAAGAAGAUUAUGAAGGUAAAGUAAUAUAUUGUAAUGGUA